GUUCCAGGACUUCAGUGUUUGUUUUCGUUUUAGCAUGAGCUAUAUAAGUUACCUCGCCAGCUACUAACAAUUUAACCCUACCAAUUUGUAAUUUUGUCUAAAAAUAACAAGUCAACUAUAUGUAUGUUGUUGUAACUAUGUUAGAAAAACAUGGCAGAAGACGAGCUUCUGGCGUUCAGAGAGCAUUGGAAGCAAGAACUGACGAUUAAAAACGAGGCGCAUUCGAACUGUAACGUUACUCUUCAACCAAGUCGGGAAGACUCUAAAUUAAAACGGUAUUUUGAAGAUUUUGGUCAGAACAGAAGUGAACCAGAAAAAAGACAGGAUUCGACAUCACAGGGGAGCAGUAAGGGAGGACAGGAUGCAUUUUUGUCUGCAGCAAAAACUCCAAAUGAGGAUCAACCAGAGUAUGUGUCGAUAGCCGAGGGCUUGCUAGAUGGAAGGACCAGUCCCUUGCUGGAGAGGAUCCAGGAGGAGAGGACUCGAAGGAAGAGACAGUACCACAGUCUGACAAGCGCCUGUAACACCUCCUCCCAACAACAACCCCAGAGGAAAAUUAACAAGGGUGACAAAUUAGUGGAUCAAUUCAUUCAAGACCUGAAUGAGACAAAUGACAUUCCCUUCUUUGACAUUGAGUUGCCCUACGAGUUAGCUCUGAAGAUCUUCCAGUACCUCAGUCGGACAGAGCUGGGGCGAUGUGCUCAGGUGAGCAAGGCGUGGGGGGUCCUGGCAGAGGAUGAGGUGCUGUGGUUUAGGAUGUGUCAGACAGAGGGUUAUCACCAUGGGGCCUCUGUCUCUGACUCCCGCUGCUGGAAGAGCAUGUUACGAGACUGCAGGAACUCUGAAAGCACUGUGCGCUCCAACUGGAAGAAUCGUGUUGGAUCAAUCAGCCAACUGCAGUACGAGCUGGGGAAAGUGUUGUGUGAUGUCAGUUCCUGUGACAGCUAUGUUGUUGCUGGGUACACGUCAGGGGACGUGAGACUGUGGGACACACUCCACUGGGACUCUGCAGCCUCCUUCCUGAAGCCAAGCCCCCUGAUGGCAGACGUCACCCCCAGACCUCACGUCAGUCACAUCCGGGUCAACAACACUGUGGCUGUGGCUGCAUAUGACGAUGGAUGUGUGGAUGUGUGGAGCACAGAGACGGGACAGGAGCCCGUCCACCACUUCCAGAUCCCUGGGAGGGUCCACGCCCUGGCUCUGAGCCUGGAGAGCCCCACCUUGGCUACUGCUGCUGGGCUAGACGUCCGGCUGGACCAGCCUGAUGAGAGGGGCUACUGGAGGACCCUCUGCCAGGCCACGCUACCCAAACCUGUGGAGUCUAUGGUUGUGGUGCCAUGGGCCGGGGGGCGAGGAGGGGACAGUGUCCCACUGGUGGCCCUGUCUGCUGGGGAGACGGUGUUCCUGCUGGCCCCUGAGGACUUGGAACCCCGGGUGCUCCACACCGUCUACGGCCACCCCAUCACCUGUCUGGAUGCCUCGGCCUCUCACGCUGCCCUGGGGGUCAAGAGCUGUGGCUGGGCCAUGAACGAUGGAGGCAACAAGAUCCAUGUGUACAGCCUAGAGACGGGCCAGUCGGAGAUGUCUGUGGGGAACUCAGCGGGAGACUUCUCCUGUGUCAACCUGAGAGACAGCCCUCCUCACAUGCUCAUCUGUGGAAACAAAGAUAGGAGGGUGAGGGUGUUUGACCUGCGCACCGGCUCCUCUGUGACAUCGCUGUAUGCCCACCACAUGGGCGUGACCUCCGUGCAGGCAGACGAUUGGAAGAUUGUGAGUGGCGGUGGUGAGGGAUUGGUCUGCGUCUGGGAGAUGAGGAUGGGAGCUAAACUGUGGGAGAUGCACAACAGGCACCCAGUCAGACACUUGAGAUUCAACACUAGCACUCUGGUGACAGCCAACAUCCCAGACGAGAAGUCUCCACGAGGGGCCUGCAUCACAGAUGACGACCUCACAGCCCACCGCAGACAUAGGGGAGUGAUUUGCCACUAUGACUUCUCAGAGGACUCUACCUCCCAGGACCAUGUUCUGCCCAUCUGCAGGUCCAACUAUGUGGAGUCAUCUGGCUACAACUACAACAUUGGCCUGGCCGUGCCCUAUGACAUCCUGUCUGGCUCUCACCCCUCUCACUGACCCCUACCACCAGCCCUUCAGACCCCUACUUUUAGUACCAUCAGCCCUGCAGACCCCUUCCACCAGCCCUUCAGACUCCUUCCACCAGCCCUUCAGACUCCUUCCACCAGCCCUUCAGACUCCUUCCACCAGCCCUUCAGACUCCUUCCACCAGCCCUUCAGACUCCUUCCACCAGCCCUUCAGACUCCUUCCACCAGCCCUUCAGACUCCUUCCACCAGCCCUUCAGACUCCUUCCACCAGCCCUUCAGACUCCUUCCACCAGCCCUUCAGACUCCUUCCACCAGCCCUUCAGACUCCUUCCACCAGCCCUUCAGACCCCUACCACAAGCCCUUAAGACCCCUACCACCAGCCCUUCAGACCCUUACCAUCGACCCUUCAGACCCUUACCAUCAGCCCUGCAUACCCCUACCACCACCAGCUCUGCAGACCCCUACCACCAGCCCUGUAGACAGUAUGUACAAAGCAAAUCAGCUUUUAUAUAUCCUUUUGAUUUUUCAAACUGAAUCUGAUUUUUAAUUAGUAGCUGUCCUUAUUUUUAAAAGAAGCUCGUGUUUCCUUGGACUGUUAAGGAGUUUGAUUUCAUCUGGCAAUUUUUUCCUAGAGCAAUGAAUUCUGAAUGGAUUUCAUCUUAUGAUGGGAUCAUGUUUUUGUUAAAAAUCCAGUGCAGUCAAACAUGUGAUUUUUCUGUGUUUUAUAUAUAUUUCCACAUUGAGGUUGUGAAAUUUGAGCAUGAUGAUAUUGCUCUUUUAGUGUUUGGUUAGCCUGUUUUGGUGGCAUAGAUGUUUGGUGAAAUCACCAUGCUGUAAAUUAGUUAAUAGAGCAAUAAGAAAGAUGGUUUCAAAACCCUGCCAAUACUAGCCCAUUUUCAGUUUUCUCCUUACCACUCCGUUAUUCCUAGCAAAAUUCUUGCCUGAGAAAUGUAUCUUUGCUAAGAAGCUACUUCUGUUAAUCUUUUACCAUUUUACUGUGAAACAAUCACAGUAAGGUACUUAAUUUUUACCCAGAAAUUAUUUGAUAUUGAGAUAGAAACUGCUGCAUUGGACCUUUAACUAGACAUUGAAGUUGGUACUGACAUCCUCCAUAAAUUGAUGGGCAACAACGGCCACAUGGUCCUUUCACUUAAUUUACUUCAGUGGAAUUGCAGAUGUCAGUCUUAUCUAUCUUCACACGAAGAUGGAAGCAAAACACAAGUAACUCCAACAAUUCUUCAUCUCAUAAUUUCUUUAUUUUUAAUUAAUGACUACAAUAUGUGUAUACAUUAUUGCAAAGGCUAUUACAGGUUCUUUGGAUAUAAAGAACAAUAUUCAUCUAAUGUGUUUAAACAUUUAUUUUAAGGAUCAAUGUUUUCAGCAUGAGUAAUACAUAAACGUGGUUAUUUGUAAGUGGUCUUUGAUUUAGAGGGUAGAAUGGUGAGACUUCACUGAAAGGACACAGGAAUAAUGAAGCUUGGUGAACUAAAUAAAUUGAGUCUUCCGUGUAUUCUGAAGCCCUGUCGGAAUGCACUGUGCCUCACAGAGCCAGAAUAAAAGUGACCCUGGAUGCCAACCCCGGUCCUCUCAGUGAUCCACAUGGCGGGUGAACCUCUAGGCAUUCAAAAUGUCUGUACUGUUAUGUAUACAUAACGCUGACAUGAGAGAGUGCGGAGGGUGGUAAUGAAGGGAUUCAUCUGGGGCACUGGAGGUGUAUGUGUUUACUUUUAGCUGAAAGCAUGUUAGUAUUCAGUCACAGGCAAGCACUAAAUACUGCAAGGACACUGCACGGCACUGAAAUGGAUGCAAAUGCAAAUAUAGUUCAGCAUAGUUUGUCAUUUUAAAAUGUACAACAUAGGGUAUGUAGACAAUAUUGUACACUUACAGUGCCUUCAGAAAGUGUUUACACACCUUGACUUUUUCCACAUUUUGUUAUGUUACAGCCUGAAUUUAAAACGUAUUGUUGACAUUUUUGUCACUGGCCAAAACACAAUACCCCAUUAUGUCAAAAGUCCAAAGCUCGACGCCAUUGGACUCUGGAGCAGUGGAAAAGUCAAGGGGUAUGAAUACUUUCUGAAGACACUGUAUAUCACAGUGGAUUAUGAUCUCCCAUCAAUCAUUCAUAAGUUAAAAAAGGGUAUUUGGCUUCAUCUCAGAGGAAGACCGGAGAGAUUCAUUCUGUAAAAACAUCAGUACCAGAUGUAUUUUAAAGGAGACCGGGACUCAUUUCCCACAUCGCAUGGUUGCAGUGUCCAUGUUUAAAAAGCGAACGUGCAUCCUCGUCUCAAUAUCGAAGGUUUUAAGAAUCUG